AUGCCCAGUAUAGUAAAGCGGAUGAGAGCGUUGAGAGCUCAGCUGCUCGCCGUAAGACUAGGUCCAGGAGCAGCCAUACUACCUCCUGAAGUAACACGGAUACACAUGAACUUCGCCAUCGGCGUCGAAGACGGACAUUACGGCUCCAGGAAAUUCUGGCGCAACUGCCUCCCCCGAUUAAAAUACCACAACCCCGCGAUCCCCAUGACCGUAUCCCGCACAGCAGACCAACUCGGCCCCGCCCUCAUGACCGUACACUUCAUCAGCGCCGCCGAAGCCGCGAGCACCAAGCCCGAGAUCUCGUCCACGACCUCGAAACACACUUCUACCGGCCCAGUCCCGGAGUCGAAAGCUGGUUCCAGUACGCAGAGGACGGAGACGAUAAAUAUGAAGCACCGAGAGGAGUCCGAGAUUUUGGAGCAGUUGUUGAAGCUCACGAGGGCAAAGGUGGUGACGCCGACUCCUGAAGAGACGCGGCAGAUUCGAGAGAUGGAAGAGCAGAAUGCGAGGAGUGCGAGGGAUGCGGCUAUGAUGCAGGCGGAGAAUGCGAAAAGGAAACGGGAAGAGGAGAUCCUUAGACAGGCUAGAGGGACGAUUGACACGAAUUAA